GGGCCUGAUUUCUUUAAACUCUAGUGACAUCUACUACCUGGAGCCCAUUAACCGUGUGAAUUCCUCCCACCAUUCACUGCUGAGUGCCAAGGAGCUGCCAAUUAAAGGUGGAAGUUGUGGCCACGGCCAUCCUGCCACCCAACCCCACCUCAUCUCAGACAUAGUGGCACCGCUUCACUCAAGGGUGAAGAGAAAUUCCAGGGGUACGACUAAAUACAUGGAGCUGUACAUCGUGGCAGACAGCACACUGUUCAGACGACAGGAUAGGAACUAUGAAAAAACCAAGGCGAGAAUAAUGGAGAUCGCCAAUUAUGUGGAUAAGUUUUAUAGAGAUCUAAACAUCCGUGUGCCUCUAAUUGGCCUGGAAGUUUGGACCGACAGAGAUCAGUGCAUCAUCUCCGAAGAACCAAACGCCACCCUCUGGUCUUUCCUCCAAUGGAGGCAGAAGCUGAAAUCUCGCAAGAAGCACGACAACGCCCAGCUGCUCACUGGCGUGAUUUUCAAAGGAACAACAAUCGGGAUGGCGCCGCUGGAGGGAAUGUGCAGCCUGGAAAACUCUGGAGGAAUCACUGUGGACCACUCGGAGGUCCCGAUCGGCGCAGCUGCCACCAUGGCCCACGAGAUCGGCCACAACGUGGGCAUGAGCCACGACCAUGACGGCUGCUGUGUGGAGGCCACUGCAGAGCAGGGAGGCUGCGUCAUGGCCGCUGCCACCGGGCAUCCAUUCCCGCGGGUCUUUAGCCGCUGCAGCAAGCGGGACUUGGACAACUACUUCCAGAAGGGAGGGGGGAUGUGCCUCUUCAACAUGCCCAACAUGAAGGACCUGGUGGGAGGCAAGAAGUGCGGAAACGGCUUCGUGGAGGAGGGAGAAGAGUGCGACUGCGGGGAACCUGAUGUGAGUCCAUCAUUUCUGUUAUCUGGGAUCAUUUUAGGCCCAAAAACCUCACAUUGUGAUGAUCUGCCCUGCCAGCUGAAGCAAGCUGGCACCAUGUGCAGAGGGCCGGCAGGGUCAUGUGACCUGCCAGAGUACUGUACCGGGGCCUCUCCCUACUGUCCCGCCAACGUCUACCUGCUGGACGGCUCCUCCUGCCAGUACGGAAAAGCCUACUGCUACAACGGCAUGUGCCUAACCCAUGAACAGCAGUGCCUGCAGCUCUGGGGCUACGGAGCGCGACCAGCCCAUGAUGCCUGCUUCGAAGAUGUCAACGCAGCAGGGAACGCAUUCGGGAACUGUGGGAAAGACGAACACGGAAACUACAAAAAGUGUGGUAAAAGUGAUGCCAAAUGUGGAAAGAUUCAGUGUCACAGUGCUGCCAAGAAGCCCAAAGGCACCAACGCUGUUUCCAUCGACACGACCGUCAAGACGGGCGGCAUCGAGGUGAAGUGCCGCGGCACGUACGUUUACAGCACCCAGGAUGGCCAGGGUGACCUCCCCGACCCCGGGCUGGUCAUGACCGGCACAAAGUGUGGCGAGGGAAAGGUGUGCAGAGACCGCAGAUGCCAAAACGCCUCAUUUACCGAGCUGGAGUCCUGCCUUGCAAAUUGCCACGGCAAUGGGGUGUGUAACAGCAACGGGAACUGUCACUGUAACAAAGGCUGGGCGCCGCCGUUCUGUGAGAAGCCUGGACUGGGCGGCAGCGUGGACAGCGGACCGGUGCAGAGCUACAGUCAAGUGGGUUUGGUGGUGGGUCUGCUAUUUGGCUUCCUGGUGGUCCUCCCUGCUGUCUUGCUGCUCUUCUAUUGCUACAAAGUCAAAUCAUCAUACUACCACAAGUGGAUUUCACAGAGAGCCAAGAACAAGAACAACAAGAAUGAGGCUUCAGUGGAGAAGGAGAAAAAUGGCCACCUGAAUCCUGCCUUCCACCUGAAAGUGGUCAGUCCAAUCAACAAGGCCGGUGGCCACAAGGGGCUUCCUCACACCAGCAAAGAGGUUCUACCACUCAGACCAGGACCAGUGCCAAACUGCACCCAGCCGGUCAACAUCGUCCGACCUCUGAGGCCUACUCAGUCUCCCCAGGGUGGUCCGCGGGACCUCAAAGUCCUAAGGCCACCUCUCCCAUCUGCCAAGCCCCCAACAGUGCCACCCAAGUCACCCCCGACCCCACAGAGACUCAGCCCGCCUAAGAAGCCACUUCCCCUAAACCCAACACGUUCUCCACUGCUGGUAUCUGAGCAGCAGUCCAGACCGCCCCUCUUCCCCCCACAGAGGCCUCUGCCCCUCAGUCCAGCCAGAGUGGCCUCCACCGCAGUGAGUCCCACCCGGGCCCCCGGCUCCAAAGCCAAAGGCCUGCUUGUCAUGAUGCCUCCAGCUUCGGGGCCACAACCAGCGGGGAAACUGUCAGCUGUCCCGCCGCUCCGAGUUCUCAGACCGAUCCCUGGUGCCAGACCCAACGCCGCCUCCCGUCCUCCCCCACGAAAAUGACCUCCUCUUCACCCCCCCCACCCUCCCUGUGAAGGAGGGUCGCAGCUGACAGCCUAUUUGCACUAAAGUGACUUUAGCUGGUGAACGGGGAGCUGUCGCACGCAGCAGAAGACGACGGAUUGACCAACAGGACUCGCACCACGUAUAAAACCUCACCCCCUCCCUUCUGCCCCCAUCCCCCGCGCGCUUACAUUGCCAUGACGACGACGCUGCGUUGUGCGGAGGCCUUGCAGACUGAAACAUGUUGGCGGCAUAUUUUACCAAAUCAGUUUUAGUUUUACUGAUUUCAGUUUUUUAAUCUGUUAAUGCUGCCCAUUUAUAAAAGUGCAUUUUGUAAGGAGUGUUGCUUUGUUUACACUUUGUUUCAUGUCAUGUUGAACGAUUUGUGUUUUGUGCCAAAGAACUCUUGAAGUACCUGCGGUGUGUCCGGAUUGCUGUGAAAUCCUGUAAGGUUAACAC